GCUCAACGCUCUGCCUCAAAGCGGAAAACCCUAGUUGCGGCUGCGGCGUAAGGCAAAAGAAAGGGCGAAGGGACCUAGGGUUUAGUUAUGGCGGCGGAGGAGCAUGCUCCUUGUACCAAGCCCCGCCCCGAUAAGGCUAAGAAGCGGAAGAAGCCCAAGAAGGACAAGUGGGGCCAGCCUCUCUCCGCCGCCGCGGCCGAGGAAGAUCCGUCGGUGGAGCCGGAGCAAGAGCCACCGGCGGUAGGCGCGGAGGAGUCGGCGGCGGCGGCGGCGGCGGCGGCAGGCGCGGAGGAGUCGGAGGCGGCGGCGGCAGCGGAGGGCUAUGAGCCCGGCAAGGUGGUGGCGAGCGGCAUGCCCUACACGACCACCGAGGUGGACAUCCGGAAGCUGUUCGAGUUCUACGGCCCCCUCCGGUCGGUGCAGCUCUCUCGCUUCCCGGAUUCCGGCAACUUCCGCGGCCUCGCCUUCGUCUGCUUCGAGUCAGACGAAGAUGCAGCGAAGUCUAUUGAGCUUGAUGGAUUCAAAAUUGGUAACAGAUAUAUGAGGGUUGAAAGAUGCAGGGUUACUGCUAGCUCAAAUAAGAAAAGGAAGGCAGAGUUCCAAACUGACCCUGAGAAGUCUGUGGGCUGCCUGUCCGCAUAUGUUGGCAAUCUCUCAUGGAAUGUUACAGAAAAGGACUUGCGAGCUUUCUUCAAGUCAUCGAAGAUUGCGUCGAUGCGAUUUGCCAUUGAUAAAAGAACCGGCGGUUCUCGUGGCUUCUGCCAUGUUGAUUUUGAAGAUGAUGAGUCGCUUGAGAAAGCUGUAGCAAUGAAUCAGUCUGAACUGCAAGGCAGACCUGUGAAAGUUGCAUAUUCAGUCAGUAACAGGGGCUGAGGAGUAAAGAGAACCCAUCGUCAAAUUUUUGUACUAGUGAGCUUGUAGUGUUAUAGUUUUGCUACCUCGGUGUGGUAAAGCUUUUCGUUGAUUGAUCGAAGAUUCUGGAGUCAAACAUGUGGCAAAUGUAAUCCUUAUGUAACAAAUACUUAGCGGUUGUACCGACCUCUCUCAGCUCGUUGGCUUUCUUCUUUAUCCGAAGUACUGAACAAAUAUUGCACUGCAUAAGGAUGAUGACAGUUGGGAAACUACUGAUAUAACAGUAUGGGUUUACCAAGCUUUUGUCCCUGAA